AUGGGCGGGUUGUGCUCCCAGCCCGAGACGGCGGAGGCGGUUGAGGUCCAGGACGUCCAGGGAACGGGUGCCGGCGAGUUAGACGCCGCGACGGCACAUGAAAUCACCGUCAGUUUAACGAAGACGGGUGACGCGAAACUUGGUCUUGACAUCUCCCACUUUCAUAAUGGAGAAGACAGAAACAAGGCUCUGAAAGUCAAGCAAGUCAAGGAUGGCAUCGUCAAGGAGUGGAACGACAAGAACCCUGGCAGCACGAUCGAGACGAACGACCUCAUCACAUCCAUCAACGGCGUGAGCAGCAGCUCCGAUGACAUGCUCAAGCAGGUCAAGGAGGCGAACGAGCUCGUCAUCGUGGUGAAGAAGGGUGGCGCCCUCGUGGUGAAGUGAGUCGUGGCUGCCCUCGGCACCCCGAGCGAAAGCCGAGCGGCUCUGGCGGAGGCGGGCCGCCCGCGUGAGGCCAAGCCCCAGCGCCGCCCAGACUCGGGCGCUGCUGGAGGUGGUCCUGACCCAAAGGUGUCCUCAGCUUGUCCCGCCACUUUGGAGCCCCUUCGAGCCCCCUGGGCUCGGCGAGGGGUGCUCUGGAGGCCAGCUGGGGACACCCUGGGCCAGGGACGCCCCCGGGCAACGCCCCGAGAGGCAGCAGACGAAGCACGGUAUGAGAUGACUUGUUUCCGUCGUGGGGGACGCUUGUCCCAGGGCGGGCGGAAAGUUUCGGCCCCUGUCGGGGG